UCUAGAACAAAGGGAAAACAUCGUGAACAAGCUCAAUCUAGGUCAUAUCAAGAAGCAACUCCCACCGGAACGUCCAUAUAUACUUGCUUUGACUCGCACAGUGUCUAUGAACUCUCUGUUUCGGCGAUCGUCUCGUCUUUAUUCCACAAUGGCUGCUUCUUCGAACCCCGCCUCAUCGCCCUUCACCCAGGCUGUCGUGAGCUCCAUGAGGAAGCUCUAUCCUGAGUCAUUGGCCGACAAAAGCUGGGACAACACCGGCCUACUCCUCGAGGCCCCCUUCAACGCAUCGCGCCGCCAGAAGAACUCCGUUCUUCUAGCAAUUGACCUGACCAAAGCCGUCGCCGACGAGGCCAUUGCGCGCCGCGACUCCAUCGUCGUAGCCUACCGUACGCUUUUCUCUAUCCGUCCCUGCAGCCAUUCCACCUCGAAACUAACCCACCUUUCCCUUGUUUCGCGCAAACAUACAGACCCCAUCAUCUUCCGCGGCCUCAAAUCCCUGACCUUCACGGACCCGCAACAACAGACCCUCCUCCGCCUGGCCUCCGAAGGCAUCAGCGUGUACUCGCCGCACACGGCGAUCGACGCGACCCCGGGGGGCAUGGCCGACUGGCUGUGCGACAUCGUGACCGGCGCCAUCAUCACGCCCGCCACCCCGACAAAACCCACCUUGACACAAUCCUCGUCCGCCACGUACUCCCACCCAGUCUACCCCGCCCCGCAACCGGCCACCCAGGCAACCAAAGUCCCCAAGCACACCCGCCACACCAUCCUCCCGUCCCCGCCGCCACUCCCCGAAGGUGUCGAGGACACGGCCGGCAUGGGCCGCAUCGUGACCUUCACGGACCCGGAGCCGCUGACCGCCAUCAUCGACCGCAUCGCCCAGGGCGUCGGGUUCCCCGGCGGGAUCCCCAUCGCCAUCCCCCAGGGUGCCUCGGUGGAUGCGCUGAAGAUCCGCACGGUGGGCGUGUGCCCCGGCUCCGGGUCCGGCGUGCUGAUGAAGAAAUCCCCGAUCCCCGAUCUGCUGUUCACGGGCGAGCUGAGCCACCACGAGGCGCUGGCGGCCAUCGAGCGCGGGUCCGUGGUCGUGGCGCUGGCGCAUUCGAACACCGAGCGCGGGUACUUGCGGGCCGUGAUGCGCGAGAAGUUGGCCAAGGAGGUGGAGGAGACCUGGCGGGUGCGGAGGGAGGAAGGGCUGCAGCAGCAGAAGGAUGCGGAGGGGGGGUUGAAGGAGGUGUUUGCCGAUGGCUCGUGCGAGGUGGCGGUUAGUGAGAAGGAUCGGGAUCCGUAUGGGAUUAUGGUGAGACAGGGUUAGAGUUUUUGAAGAAGACCCAUGUGGUGAGGACUUGGGUGGAAAUGAGCAUGAGAUACCUUCGUGUAAGUUGGGUCUCUUGCCGAG